AUUCUCAAUUCUUUCUAGAAAUGUUGUGAGGGUCUGGAGCAGAAACUGUGCAGGCAGAGAGAAAGAAUAGCAGAGCUGCAGGAGAAACUUUGUUCCAUCACAAGAGAAAAAGAAGAAAGUGCAAGGAGUCUGAAUUUACGCCACGUCUACAGCAGAACCAGCAAACACAGCAUGCUAAAAGAACACGACACAUCUGCUAUAAGUGAGUCCAACGGGGAUGAAGGCAGAGAAGCCAGACUCUGUGUCCGUUACCACCAACUGUUGACUGCGAUCAGUGCUGUGGUGACUGAUCCCCGCUCUACGUUCCAACUACACAGACACAAAUGCGUACAUGCUAAUUUGGAGCAGAAUGACUUUCCUAAUCUCCUGUCAACAUUAGAGGUCUGGGCUCAACAGCUUUGCCAGCUGAAGGAGCUGCACAAAGGGUUGUUUAAACUGAUGUCCAGACUGUUGCCGUGGCAGCUGCCUGAUAGUGGACAUGCACCUACAGAUGCUGGGAAGGUAGAGGACAUGAUAUUACUGCUGGACACCAUUCUUGAAAGCACCACAAUAGAUGAGAAGGUCAAGUGUCAGGUGCUGAAGAGUCCAACUCGAUUUACCUUAGGAUCCAUGGUAUCUCACUUCCAAAAGCUGUUCGAUGUCACCUCCAUCAGUGGGGUGUACCCACGUAUGAACGAGGUUUACACCAGACUGGGCGAGAUGACCAAUACCAUGAGGAACCUCAAAGAACUUUUAGACUUGGACAGUAGAGUUUCUAAUGCUGAGGUCAUAAACCACGUGGCCAGACUGGUCCAUUCCAGUCAGCAGGGUGCCAACUUCUACAAUCUGUUGGGAGACGCUGACAUUCAGAGUAUCUUUGUCAAAAUAAAGCAACAUCAAGAGUUUUUUCCUGCAUUCCACGCCCUCAUCGUUGACAUUUUACAGGUUCUGGGAGUCAGACGCCUGGACGACAUCAUACCCACUCUGAAGUCAUUGAAACAGGAAGUACAAUGAAAAAACACCUCAACCAACUUGUAGUGCUAUGAACUUCAAUUAUUUAUGUUUUUUGUAAAGGUUUCAGCGAUGAUUAAAGCCAGUCAACCCUC